AUGUCCACACCAGUUAUUUCAAUUGUUAAACGAUCUACUGGCACAUUGAUUCCAGAUAGCAAUGACUACUAUGACAAUGCUAACGGUAUAGACAACUCGGACUCAGAUUCAGAUAUUGAGAUGCUUGACAAUGAUAAUAACAAUGACAUCAAUAAGACUGGGAUUGUAACGCCGGGCGAACUAGUCACUGACGACCCUGUAUGGAUGAGAGGUCAUGGCACAUAUUCCCUACAGAAUAAAACGUAUUCUUCGGUUUGCGGCACAGUGUCUCGUGUCAACAAGUUACUAUCGGUAAUUCCACUAAGAGGACGUUAUCAACCUGAAACGGGUGACCAUGUAAUUGGAAGAAUCACAGAAGUGGGGAAUAAAAGGUGGAAAGUCGCUAUUGGCGCUAAGCAAGAUGCUGUUUUAAUGUUGGGUAGUGUUAAUUUACCUGGUGGUGUUUUAAGAAGGAAAUCUGAAAGUGAUGAGUUACAAAUGAGAAACUUCCUAAAGGAGGGGGAUUUAUUGAACGCAGAGGUGCAAAGUUUAUUUCAAGAUGGUGCCGCUGCGUUACAUACCAGAUCUUUAAAGUAUGGGAAGUUAAGGAAUGGGUUUUUUUUGGAAGUUCCUAAUUCUCUAAUCAUCAGAUCAAAAGAUCAUACCCAUGAUUUGCCUGGGGGUGUCACUGUUAUAUUGGGCGUAAAUGGUUAUAUAUGGCUACGAAAGACAUCAAAUAACAAUGCCCGUGCUAAUGUUUCUUUAAGUGGCAAGAAUGCGAAUACUUUAAAGAAUAUAUCAAGAGGUACAGCAUUAACUACAAAAAGAGGUGUUAGUGAUGAGUUGCAACUUGGAAUAACCAGAUUAGAAGAAGAAUCAUCUUGGGAGAUUUAUUCUGAUAAGAAUGAUGAUAUUUCCUUUUCUAUUAAACAGACCAUUACUAGAUAUGCUAACGUAAUCAAAUCAUUGGCUCAUUGCGAGAUUGGUAUAAAUGAGCAACGUAUAAUAGCUGCUUAUGAGGCAAGUCUGGCCUAUCCUGAUUUGAGUUCUUUAGUCGAAACCGAAACUAUGGAAUCUUUGGGCCAAGACGUGAUAAAUGGUGAAAAAAUAAGAGGGUCUGCCUAG